GCUCUCCUGGCACUCCCGUAGCUAUACAACCGAAUCAUGAGCGACGAAGAGAAGCACGAUUCGAUGGACGUGGUGACCGACGUGGUCCAGCCGCAAGAAGCCGAGGCUGAAGCAUCGACAUCGGCAGCCGCCGCAAGCAAGCCGACUUUUACCGUCGCUGAUGUUUUCGGGGGAGAUGACGAUGAUUCGGACCUAUCGUCUGACGAAGAGGACGAAAAGAGACCAGUUGCCAAGCAGCCGGUACGACGAUCGCUCAGUCCUGCUGUCGCUCGAGACAGCAGUGAUUCGGAGGACGACGACGAAGAGUACACGGGUGGUGAUUAUCAACCCGAUUAUAAGCAGCUGGGAAAGAAGCGUAGCUACAAUGCCGUGGCCGAAGAAGAUGACGAGGAAGAGGAGGACAAAUAUCGCUCAAAGGGCGACGACGUUGCCAAAGCUCCCAAACGCAAGCCCAAAGGUGAGCGAAAGAAGAGGGUAAAGAAGGAUUCUGAAGCCGAGUCACGAAGGAGACGGGCCGAUUCGGGAGACGGGGAGGGAGAUCGCGAGCAAGAGGUCGAUGAGCAGACUCUGCGCAGAAGGGCACUCGAUGCCAAACUCGAUGCAAUCGGCAAGACAGGUGCCAAGCGUAGACCCAAGAAGCGAGGAGACGAUGGCGACGAUUUGAUGCAGGACAAGCAGAUCGAGGAUAUCACGGCGCUGAUGACGAGUGCGAUCCGCGAAGACAUCAAUCUGAACAACGAGAAGAAGCCUGCGAUCAAGAAGACUCUGCUACUACCCAAGGUCAUGCAAGUUAUGCAAAACGCGUCUUUGCAAGACUCGUUGCUGGAAAACAGCGAAUUCUUGUCAGAGUUGACUGGUUUCAUCGAGCCCCUGAAGGAUGGGUCUUUGCCUUCCUUGACGAUCCAGAGGUCCAUUUUGAGCCAGCUCAACAAGUUCGAUGUAAUUGACAAGGACAUGCUGAAAGCCUCGGGGCUCGGCAAGAUUGUCAACUUCUACACCAGAACUAAGCGCGUCCAACCAGAGAUCACCCGGCAGGCCAACCAGCUGAUCGACAAGUGGUCCAAACCCAUCUUGCGUGCGGCUGGUAUCGCUAGUGGAUCCGCCACCGGACGUAUGGCUGCAACAGGGCAUGCCGAGGAAGAAAGCUAUGGGCCUGGAGAGGGUAGCGGCGUGAUUACGAUCAGUGCUAAACAGUUGAGAGAAAAGGAAGACUUGAUGCAAUACGCUCUGGAAGCACAGCGCGAGGUCGUCGAGGAGAGAAAGGGUAGCCGAAGGCCCAAUGUCAUCGUGAGUACACUGGAUAUUUAUGACCUUACUGGGGGGAUGCAUCUUGACAAUGACCGCUUGAUCGACGUCAGGGCCACUCUUACACCAAAGCGCCCCCGUCACGACGGAUCGCGAGGAGCAACGCGGAGCAGGAGAGGGAGGACGCUCGUUUACGACAGCUAGAGUUGCAAGCAGCGUUCCGAAAGAAAUCUAUGCUAGGAGCGUCUCGAUGAUCUUCAAGGCUUGCAUGUACGACCCUGAUGUAUCCCACUGUGCAUGAAUUACGAUCCCCCAUACCUACCA